AUGGCGCCCAGACUCACUACCAUUGACGCCUCUGAGCCCUUGGACAGGAUCUUGGAAGCUAUAGCUCGAGACGGUGGUGUAAUUGUGUCCAACUUCCUCGAACCCGAGCUCUUGAAUGAUUCAAUGCGUGCAAUCGAACCAUUCUUUUCUGGUGGAAAGAUGUAUGACCCCAAGUCCGCGCAGAAGGACCUUGGGGAUGACUUCUUCCCAGAGGGUUCCCAGCGUGCCUAUGGUCUCCUGGCCAAGAUGCCAGAGCAAAUCAUCAAGAUCAUUCGCCUGAAUAUCUGGCAGGGCGUCAUGGCUCGUUUCUUAAACGGAGAGUUCGUGGGCUUCAACGGGGCAAACAAGACAACCAGGAAGAGCGGAUACAUACUGUCUUCAACGGCCGCCAUCCGGCUGGUCCCGGGGGCCGAGAGACAAGCACUACACAGGGACGACGUCAACUACGGCACCGGCAGCUUGCAUGACCCAAAGAACCCCCUUUUCACCCCCAUGGUCGGCUGCUUGAUUGCGGGCUCGAGGGCUACGUACAAGAACGGCGCUACCGCCGUUAUUCCUGGAAGCCACUUGUGGGGUCCUGAUCGCGCCCCUAAAGUCGAGGAAUGCACGUACGCAGAGAUGGAGCCAGGAUCAGCUCUCUUCACGCUCGGCACAACAUAUCAUGGAGGCGGCACGAACCAAUGCCAGAAGACCGACCCAGACGCGGUGCGCACCUUGUUCGCAAUCUUCGGCCAACGAGACUUCUACCGCCAGGACCAGCAGGAGAUUCUGUCCACUCCUAUUGAAACUGCUCGCAGCUUUCCUGAUGACAUCCUCAGGCUGACCGGCUACUAUAAAGCCGUUGGCGGUGUUGGUUUCAUAGGAGACCAUCAGGACCCGGUCGAACUUUUGCAUGUUGACACCAAUGGCGUGGGAAAGUUCAGCAAAUAG